AGACUUUCGUUGCUUUUCACUUUUCACUUUCCCAUAAGUCACUCAAAAGGGUUUAAAGCCCUCUCCUUUCCCAAACUCUGCCCCUUAUUUCUUCAAAACAUAUACCCCAGUUCUUCCAAACUACAAUUUUGAGCCUUUUCCUUCAAGUAAAUGCAUGUAAUCAUUUGUAAAGACUCAAUCUUUCAAGCUAUACAUCGUUUUUUCGCUGUAUAAUUCAUCUGGGUCAUUCUGUACUUGCCCCAUUUUCAGUACAAUGUUAAAAGUGUCCUUUGUGAGUGUCUUAUGAAUAGGGUUCUCUUUUUUUUUUUUUUUUUUUGAAUUUGUGACAAAGUAACAAAACCCCAUUUGGAAAAAGUAAAGAUUUUUGGCAAUUUCAGUGAAGUAAGAAAGAAAAAGAUGAUUCAGUUACUGUUCUUGGUGAUUUUUGCUGAAGGUGUUAUGGCUUUUCUUAUGUUGGUGAAGAUAGGUCCAUUAAGGGAUCUUGUGAUGAAGAGUUUGGAUCAGCUCAAAAUGGGGAAGGCUCCUGCUACCGUAAAAACUAUUGCUGGAACAAUGUUUGUGAUUCUUCUUUCAAGUCUUAUGAGUAUUGUUAAGAUCCAGAAUAAAGGUGCUAAGCUUGGUACUAUGUCACCUAUGGAUCAAGUUCUUUGGAGAACUCAUUUGCUCGAGGCUUCACUUCUUGGUUUCACAUUAUUCCUUGGAUUCCUAAUUGAUCGAAUGCACCAUUAUCUCCAAAAACUUAUUAAUCUAAGGGGUAACAUUGGAGCUUCAAAAGAAGAAGUAGAAAAUCUAAAAAAAGAAACUGUUGAGCUCAAAGAAAAGGAAGAGAAAGCUUCCAAGGAGAUAAAACAGCUGAAGAAAGAACUUUCAAAUCUGUCAGAAGGUUUGAAAAAGGUAAAGAUGGAAUCCGAAGAGAAAGACAAGAAAGUUGAGACGGCUGAAGCUCACGUUGCUUCCCUACAGAAACAAGCUGCAGAUUUACUACUUGAAUAUGACAGACUAUUGGAAGACAACCAAAAUCUUCAAGCCAUGGGACAUAAGAGUUGAGGAAAAGACCGAGAUACUUUGAUGAACAUAGUUUCGAGGAGGGAUCUCAUGAGAACCAUUUCUAGUUCUUUUGUUGCAAACUCAUUUCUAGAGAAAAAUUAUCUUUUUUUGGUUCUCCAUGUGAAAGUUUACAGAUUUUGCAGUCCUCGGUUUGUUCAACAUUUUGUUAUUAAAUUGUUUCUUAACAAUUGGCCAUCUUAGUUUUUUUCUUCCUUUUUUUUUUGUUGGUUUAAUUUGGAUUGGAUGGAUACAUUUUAGUUCAAGGGUUAUUGGUGGGACAAAUACAUGUCAUGAAUUAGGAAAAAAGGAUGUUAAAUUUCAUCUUUA